AUGCUAUCGUCGAAGGCGAAUUUGUCGAAGAAGCUGAUGUUAGCCUCCCGGAAUAAGCAAAAGAAGAACAACAUCAUCGGUUAUUGUUGUACUCCGAAAAACAAGUUCUUGAUAACUAUCAACGUUCUUGGAUGCGCCGGUCCGUUGAGGUUCGUGGUGAACGAGGAUGAUGUUGUGGAUUCUGUCAUAGACACUGCUCUCAAACUAUAUGCAAGACAAAGAAGGCUUCCUGUUCUUGUUAGUCACGCCAAUGAUUUCCUUCUCUACUGCGCCAACGCAGAAUUUGAAGCUUUAAGCCCGUCGGCACAAAUAGGAUCUCAAGGAGUGAGGAACUUUAUGCUUGGCAAGAAGAAGAUGCAACCGCAGAUGCGCAUGACAGAUAGGAAGUCAUCAGAUCCAAAUGCUCAGAAGGGAAUAAGUUGCUGGAAGUCAUGGUUUAAUAACCUCUUUACUUUUAAGUUACUAUCCCAUUGA